AUGUCGUCCGAUACACCAAAAAAGCUUUCUUCAAAGAAAGUUGAAAACAUCAUUUUCUGUGUAUGUCUAUUUCUGUUCCAAGUGGUCAUGAUUAUUUUGUACUCUGUUUGGGUACGUUAUGAUAAAGAUAGCAAUCACGACCCACUUCCAAACGGUGAGAGUCCAGUACAAGAAGAAGUCGAUAACCUAUACGGAUACUUUAGAGAUGUCAAUAUUAUGAUCUUCUUUGGUUUCGGUUUCCUCAUGGUUUUCCUCCGUCGUUAUGGUUAUUCAUCUCUCGGUUACACAUUCCUCAUUUCAGCUAUGGUUGCACAAUGGUCUGUUUUGGUCUGGGGUUUCUACGAUAGCAUGUUGGAACACAAAGAACUUCGUGAAUACUAUUACUUUACAAUGGAAUCAUUGUUGAAUGGUUUAUUCUGUGCUGGUUCUGUUAUGAUCAGUUAUGGUGCUCUCCUUGGUAAGGUUACACCAUUGCAAAUGUUAUUCAUGGGAAUUGUCGAACCAGUUCUCUUCUUUUUGAAUAUGUACAUCAUGGAGAGACUCCACGCCUUUGAUGUCGGUGGUGGUAUGACUAUCCAUUUGUUCGGAGCUUACUAUGGUUUGUCGGUCUGUUGGUUCCUUACCAAUAGUAAAGCAAAGCACAGCAAGGAGAAUGCUGCUUCGUACAGCGGUGACUUGUUUGCCAUGGCCGGUACUCUUUUCCUCUGGAUGAUGUGGCCAUCUUUCAACGCUGCCAUUGCACCACGUGGACACCCACAAAUGCGUGCUCUCGCCAACACUUUCCUCAGUUUGACCGGUUCAACCAUCGCCACCUUUAUUGUCUCGAGAUUGUUCAGUCACUACGGUUACAAAUUAGAUAUGGUUCAUGUACAAAACAGUACUUUGGCUGGUGGUGUCGUUCAAGGUGUCAUGGCACAUCUCAACGUUAAUCCAGGUCCAGCCAUUUCGAUGGGUUUCAUCAUUGGAUCGGUCAGUGUAUUGGGUUACAUCUUCUUGACACCAUUCUUGGCCAGAAGAUUCAACAUUCAAGAUACUUGUGGUAUCCACAAUUUGCAUGGUAUGCCAGGUCUCGUCGGUAGUAUUGCCGCUGUGAUCGCCGCUGCACAUGCCAUCAACAACCCCGAUCUUUACUCGGCUGCAGAGUUCAAAGUUUUGUUCCCAGCUGGAGAUGACCAAGCCAAGCGUAACGCUGCUAUGACUUUUAUCGCCCUUGCUGUCGGUAUCAUUGGUGGUAUCAUCUCUGGUUUCUGCAUGAAGCAAAUCGGUAAGAUCGGUAAGCUCACCAAAGAAGAAUAUUUCAGUGAUCACGCAUUCUGGGUUGUUGCAUCCGACUAUCCAAAGGAGUUCGAAGGUGUUGACCCACAUCAAUAUAUCCACGACGAAGAAAAUGGUGUUGAAAUGGAUCAAGCUGAAAAGAGAGAUGAAUCCAUGCCAACAACAUCCGAUCAUCAACAAUAA